AUGACCAAAAGAAACAUUAAACGCCCGCCGCCACCAAAACGUCAAAGAAUUGAAGCAGAGAAUCAUCAGAAUGCCGAGAACAAUGCAAAUGAUCAACAUCAUUUGACGCUGCAAAAAAUGUACGAUACGUGUCAAGAAGUGUUGGAUAAACAGAAAAAUCUCGAACAAAUCCAAGAAAAUAUGCUCAAAGAAGUUGUGCAGAAGCAGAAAGAAUUCGAAAUUUCCUUAGUCGACAAGCUCCGUUCCGUCGAAAACGAGCUUCAAUUGAUUCGAGACGACUUGAAGCCAAAAACAGUGACACCAGCAGUUCCGGAAGAAAACGAUGAUGAAGAUGAAACAGAUUCAGAAUCUGAUAACGAGAGUGUUUUCAUGCCGAGUACUGGAAAAUACUUCGUGCUAAAACAUGUCUUCAAGAAUGUCUCGAAUAUGAAGGAAGAUGAAUAUCGGUUGUCAGAAGCGGAAGAACACUUUGGAGUUAAAUGGAGAAUGAAUGUGCGCCGGAGAACAGAACAUCUUCAAUUUUAUCUGCAUUGUUCGAAACCGAUGGACACUGUGAAUUGGACAAUCGAAACUCAGCGAAAACAUGUACUAGUUUCGAAUCGAGUGGACAACGCAGUGAAUGAAUGCAUACAAAUGUUUGACAAAGAAUAUUCCUCGUGGGGAUGGCCUAAAUUCAUCAAAUGGACGGUAUUGGAAAAAGACUUUCUUGUGGACGGCAAGUUGACAGCUGAAGUUCACAUCAAAGUCGGGAAAACAUCUGGUAUUUACAAAGAUAAUCUGAGAAGUUUCGACAAUACAAUGGAAGAAUUCUCAGAUGUUGUACUUGUUGUCAACGAAGAGAAAUUCUACGUUUUGAAAAAAUUCCUCGCCGCGCAUUCUUCAUACUUCAAAGCUUUGUUUUUGGGAGACUUUCAAGAAUCAGAUAAAUCUGAAAUCAAACUGUCUGGAAUCGAUGAUGAUGACUUUCAGAACUAUCUCGAAGUUCUGUACGGAGAAUACUCCAUUGACGAAUUCACUGUGGAAGGAAUUCUUCUCGUUGCUGAUAUGUACGACACUCCACUAGUCAUUCGCAAAUGCGAGCAGUUUAUACUCAAGGAAUCAAAGAAAACGUUGAAGAAAAAGCUGCAAAUGGCCAUGAAAUACCAUCUGGAAGCAUUGAAUAAACAAUGCCGCAAGGAAAUCAAAUCGGUUGCUGACAUCAAAUCAGUUCUCCCAGGAGAUAUUCGUGAUUUGGAUCCAUCAAUUACCACGGAGUUUUUGGAAAUUGCCCUCUCUAUUCAAUAA